GUUGUUUAAAUCUUUGACCGGAAACGGAAGUUCUGUGUUGUCGUCAGCAACUGUUUGUUUGCACUUUAUUUCAGUUUUUCUCUUAUCAACGUUUAUUUUUCCUCACGUUUUGUUUUUUCGCCAUUUUGUUGUUUUACGUUGUGAACGUGUCGUUUCCGGUUCCCGCCACUCGACCGACGGUCACCGGCGCCGCUCGGCUGCUCGGUGGGGCCGCGGCGGGAAGUUCGAACGAGGCUAGCGGCGGUUAGCCAGCAUGCUAACGCUCCGCUGGAAGUGAACAGGUGAGUUCGGACCGAGCAGAUGUUCCGUCAGUCCGCCCACUGCUCUCCCUCCCCCCGGGACCCGGACCGGUCCUCCUGCAGCUCGGACACCGGGGACGUGUUGAUCCGCUCCACCAGGAUCCUGCUCCUGGACCCGGACUGCAGACCCGGAGCCGGACCCGGACCGGUCCAGAUCACCGUCCAGGAGCAGCGGCCGCAGCCCGGACAGAACCCGGACACCGGAGCUCCUCCGCGGGCAGCGACGGACGAUCAGCCCGACAGACGGACUGGACGGACCAAUGAGAGCAGAGAAGCCUCAGGAUCACAUCCAACAGCAGAGACAAGUCCAGACAGGAAGUUGUACGACCGACCGCCUGGUCACGACCUCCUGACAUCACGUUUCAGCGCCGGAGGUCGAGGGAUCGUCCUCGCCGCUCUGAAGCAACGCUGUCACAGCGCCCCCUGCAGGAGGGAGGUCCGCGUGAGGCUGCUGGACUCUGGGCCACUUCAGACCGGCUACCUGGGGGCUCCUGGUCCGGGGUCCAGCUUCCAGCAUGCAGCGGGUGUAGAGGGGGUCCAGAUGGAGGCGGGGCUCUCAUUUGGUUGCCUGGGAGACGCCACCUACGCUACAGCCGCUGCUAUAGCGGCAGCAGCUCCGCUCAUCAAAGCUCAAUCAGACGUGGAGGCCCAGGUGUGUCGUCUGGCGGACGGCGUUCAGAAGCUGCUGCAGGCCGACAGGGAGGGCGGGGAGAGGGGGCGGAGCCUGAGCCAGCAGACGCUGCAGCAGCUGGAGACGCUGCACGGGCGACAGCUGCAGCUGCAGAGCCAGCUGCUGGAGUCAGCCCUCAAGAUAGUGACAGGCCACGCCCCCGCCACCUCUACGGCCUCUGACCUCACGACCUCGGAUCAACCUGCCCGUCUGCAGGUCACAGACCUGGACACUGCAGCACACGCCCUCGGCAACCAGCAGCCGAGCUCCUCGGCAACCAGAGCUGCCGCUGCCUUGGCGACCAGCCCAGUUUCCAUAGCAACACCCAGCCGUGACAGGCCUGAACAGACCAGGAGUGACUUCUGUCACCAAGCUGCUCCCAGUGUAACCACAGCAACGCAGCCGCCAGAUGAACGUCACAUGCCGCCUUCCGCCAAUCAUGGCCAGGUGGUGGCGAGAAAAGCCAGCGAGGUGCUGAAGGAGAUGGAACGUCUGAAGACUGAGAUGAAGACGCUGCUUACGCAGCCAGAAGACUCAUUGAAAACCACCAGGCCUCCACCAGACCACCACCAGUCUCAAGACCUGCGUCAGAACCAACAAAACCAGUCCCGGUCCCAACAUAGCAAGUCCCAUCAAAUCCAGGUCCAACUACCCCGGUCCGAUCAAACCCAGACUCAACCAAACUAUUUCCAGUACCAACAAAACCAGUCCAGAAAAACACUGUCCCAUCAAAGCCUGUCCCAACAAACCCAACAGAAUCAGAACCAGUUGCAGUCCAAGUCUGUGUCUGUCCAGAGAGGUCCUGCCGUGCCGUCCAUAUUAGAGGAGGCGGGUCAGGUUCUCCGUCGGGUCCGGAGACAGAAGAAGGUUCUGGAGGAGAACCUGGAGGCUCAGCUCAGAGUCAAGACCGGAGAAGUCCUACACUGCCAACUGGAUGCACUGGCUGCUAACGGAGACUGGACUGAGGCAGUUCGGAUCAAGAAGACCGUGGACGCCUGGAUCAGCACUUUAUCCAAAGACGUCCAGGCUGAAACGUCCUCAGAGGCACCUGCCGGUAGCUCUGCCCCCUCAGGGACAGGGAGGCCAGUGAAAAUGCUCAGAGAGACAGGAAGUAAGAUGACGGCAGGGAGAGGAGGUCGAGGACAGAGAGCUGAACAACGAGCGGUGCAAGGGGCGGAGCCUGGCAGAGUCCCAGGUGUGCUGACAGACAGUGAACAGAUGGGGGAGUCGUACCAGAUGCAUCUUUACGGCAGAGCUCCGUACGAAGGCCUGAGACGGACCCUGAAGAAGAGUCCGUACCUUCGCCUCCGCUCACCAGCGGCACCGCUCAGCAGGAGGCCCCGCCCCCGCCUGGUGGAGAGCAUCAGAGGUGUGAAGGUGAAGUCUUGUAAGACUCAGACCAGUUUGACUCCGCCCCUCAGUCCAUCACCUGGACGACCCCAGCGUCCCCUCAUCUUCAGCUCCUCCCGCAUGAUGUCAGGAGACCCCGGUGACCUCACAGUGACCCCUGCUGUCACUUACCCUGUUCCCAUUGCGAUCCUACUGGGUCGUCGUAUGGUGUACUCUUCCUCCAGGCUCCUCGCUGAGCCUCGGCAGGAAGUGACAUCACCACCCACGCCUCCCUACGUGUUUACUGCAGCUGCUGAGGUCGACGGAUCAGAUGAUCGAUCGUCGCAGAGGGAGGGGCAGCAGGACUCAGUUGAGGCACCUCCUCCUUGUCCUCCAUCACACAUUGUCAUCGAGAUGAAGAGCAAUGAAGGGGAGGAAGAGGAGAACGCCCUCCCUGGAACUGACUUCCUGUCUGUGGCUGAUGUUGUCCAGGAGGAGCUGAGUGUGUUGGGUGAGGAGGCCGUGGAGUUGGACGGAUGUCCGUCUCCUCCUGCGUUCCAGUACCAGGGUCCGGUCUUCCCCCCCCAGGCCUACUCUGCCCUCCUGGCCCAGGACAAGGCCUCCGUCCCGGACACGGGGCAGCGGAGAGACCCUUUGGAGUCCCGGCUGGUGGAAUGGGUGGAGCAGCAGGUGAUGUCCAGGAUGAUCUUAGAGAUGUACCCCCCCCCUCCCUGUGACCCCACCCAAGACGUCUCCACUGACCAAUCAGAGUCCGAGGAGCAGAGCGUCACCUCAGACAUUGUGGCGGCGGCAGGAGGCGGAGCUCUGCAACAGUUCAUAGACUCCAACAAGUGUGUGGACUUGGCUCUGAUCAGGCAGCUGGUCAACGAGGUUCUGACAGACAUUGUGGCUUCGAUGCUUGGACAGAGGGACGCACCAGAACAACAACCAGAACCAGGACUGGAACCAUCCGAACCAGCAGCCAAUCAGGAGGACGAUCCGCUUCCUCUGGUUCCCACACCGAUACCGACCCCCCCGCCCAGCCUGACCGGGUCCAUCGCGCAGACCACGCCCCCAACCACGCCCCCUCCCUCUGAACCAACAAGCCUGCUGAAUGAGGAGUGUCCUCAGCCAAUCAGAGCUGCGGAGCUGGUGACCACGCCCACACCAAGUCUAGACCCCGCCCCGCCGACACAAAGUCCACCUGCCCUUCACCAAGCCCCGUCCCCUCUGACCUGGGGAGAUGUUGAGCUGCCAUUAGACGAGGAGAGACCAGAGGAAGACGAGGAUCCACACCAUCGACAGCCGCUGGUGAUGACAGUAGCAGAGCAGGAUCCUCCUCUCUCCUCCCCGGUCCCUCCCCCUCCUCUCUCCCUCCCCUCUGUGCCUCCCCUGUCUCCCCCUCCUCCCCCUGAGCCUGACUCCUCCCCCUCCAGCAGCAGUGAUGAUGCUGUACUGAAACACGUCUCAGAAGGAGAAAUGCUCAUCAGAGUCAACCAGCAGGCGACUAUGACAGAGGACGACCUGGUCUCCGUUCUGUCCUCGUCUCUUCAGGAGCUUCAGGACAUGGACUAUGACCCCCCCAGUGAAGGACAGGUCAGAGGUCGCAAUAUCCUGCAGACGCUACUGAACAAGAUGGAGCAGGGAGAGAGACCCCAACCAGAGGGCUCCUGGGGGAGGCAGGAGGAGGAGGAGGAGGAGGAGGAGCAGAGCGUUGGAGAGGUGAGAGACGAUUGGACUACACAUCCCACGACCUGCAGCCAGAGUACCGAGGCCUGGAGGGGUCAGACGUCCUCACCGGGUUGGAUCAGUCCGAGUGAAGAUCCAGUGUGCGUGUGUGUGUGUGUGUGUGUGGCUCCACACUGACUCCACCGCUCUGCCACCAAAUCUCCAUACAUGGUAAUGUUUACACUGACUGAGCUGAUGUAGCGUGUUGUUACUGCGUGUGUGUGGGGGGGGGGUCGAGGCCCCCUGGUGUCUGGCUGCAGUACAGGUCAUAAGCCCCGCCCCCUCCAUGUCAUGUGAGGUCGUUGUCAUCACUGAUGUUUGUUCAUGUUUCUGAUUGUCAGUUAUUUGAUGAUAUAAAAACGUCAUGAUUGACAGGUGACACUGACUCAGGACUGGUUGAGACCGUUUGGGCGAGGCCUGGAGUGUCACUGUGAGGAACUCAGAUGUUUGAUUUGUUGACAGAGUAAAACUGAACACAGUGUGCUGUGAUGAUGUCACUGUGCCUGCAGCCGGACAGGAAGAGGGAGGAGCCAGGAGGACGGACGUCAGGUCUUCCCUCGGUCAGAGCGGAGGAGGAGGUGAUGACGGAGGAGGAUGAGGAGGAGGUGAUGAAGGAGGAGGAUGAGGAGGAGCUCAGUGCAGCAGCUGACAGACGCCUCCGUCAGCAAUGUUUUUUAGAGGAAGGAGAAGCAGUUUCCUGUCAAAUAUCUUUCAAACUCCAGAUGUCCAGAACCGUUCACUUCACCUGGAGCUGAUCACUGAUCAAUACCUCCAUCAAUAGCUGAUCUGGUUGAAAGGACAGAAAUGCUUUUAUAUUCACAUGUGACUGAAUCCUUCUGGAGCAGGGGCAUGUUCUCCCCCAAUUGUUUACACUUUUUAUCUCUAUUAUAGUGUUUUCUAUUUUAUUUUUCUUUCUACAGUAAACGUGUUAUUUAUUCUGACACUUCACGAACAUUGACAAAUUAAAAACUCUUUAUUCAUAUGA